AAAUGGACGACUUGCGAAUUGAGUACGACGCUCCGAACGAUGUAUACUUCCCAGGACAGGCUGUCACCGGAAAAGUAAUCAUACAGAAUCGUGAAUGGAUCAAAGCGAGGUUUCUGAAAAUUUGCAUUCACGGAGGUGCACAUACGCAUUGGAGUGAAAGUCGCAGCACAUAUAGGACAAACACACGUGGAGAAAGGGAACGAUUCACGGAGAAUGUGAACUAUAACGCGACUAUCAACUAUUUGACCGGAGAAUCGAUUGCAUGGCAGUCGAGAGAUGGAACUGACCGUCUUCCAGCUGGCACCAAUGUCUUCCCAUUUGCUUUUAACCUCCCCAUCAAUUGUGCGCCAAGUUUUGAAGGCUGUCACGGACAUAUUCGAUACGAUGUCCACGUGGAAUUAGACAGACCAUGGAAGUUUAAUAAAAAGUCGAGGAAAUGCUUUUCGGUGAUUCCGGUGUUCGAUUUGAACAUAACUCCAACUGCAAUAAACCCGAUGGUGAAUACUGCAUCGAAGAAUACUGGACUGAUACUCAAAAAGGGAUUAGUUACAAUUACGGUAAACCUCCCAAAACGCGGCUACGUCGCCGGAGAAAUCAUGCCAAUCACCGUAAACAUCGAUAACGGCUCAAAGGUUGCCGUCUCAGAAGUUAGCGCAAAAAUGACACAGCUCUCGCAUUUCCACGCAAGUCACGGCAACAUGAUCGGCGUCACAGCCCAUACUCAUAAUCGUAACGACGAAAAGUUGGUUGCCGAAUCGAGAAGAGUAGCUGAUGUUCCAGCGAAAUCCCGUGGGCAAAUGGUUCUUUCGAUGAAGAUUCCAGCGAUUGUUCCGUCUUUUAAUUGUCCGAUUAUCGCCGUGGAUUAUUGUCUAACCGUUAAAGUUUCAACUCAACAGAUUUUCGGAGGUGGCUUGAAAUGUGAAUUCCCAUUGAUCAUUGGAACAAUCCCAAUUCGACAGAUGAAUCAAGCAGCUCCUGGAGCAAUGCCAACUAUGCCAUCGGUCUCCGCUCCUCCAUAUCCUGUAGUCGCCGGAGCAUCUGCGUCUCAAGCAGUCUACCCGACUGCUCCAUCGGCCCCGCCAGCGUCUCCCGGAGGAGAAGCUCCUCCAAGCUAUGAAGAGUCUGUACACGGAGCUGGGAAAGUUGAGGAUGCAGAGGCCUUCGCUCCUCGCUACCCAGUCUACAACAACUUGCCACAACAGCAAAAUUCUCAACUUCCACCAGAAUACGCACCUCCACUGCCAGCAAAAAGUGGAUUUUAAUUUAUUUUAAAUCGGUGGCCGAAUUUACUGGUUUUUCUCGGCCAUGUUCCGCAGUUUUGUUCCGACUUUUCAGAUGAUAAUAAAAAAACGCUC